CUAAUUCAGAUAUGGAAAGUACUAAACGUUUGCACCUCGGGAUUUGAAUUUGAAUUUAAUAUGAAUCCUAGCCGUAAUACCCAAGAUAUCAACCGAUGCAACGUGUGUAUUUCCUCCGUUGUUCAACAUUACUGUGACUUUUGUCAUGUCAGCCUCUGCAAAUCUUGUAUAGGAGAACACAUCUCUGAUGGGUAUGACAAUCAUAAAAUUGUAUCAUUUCAGCAACGUGGAGUCACUUUGAAAUUCCCCAAAUGUCAAACACAUUCUAACAAAAUAUGUGAAUUGCAAUGCAUUCAAUGCGGCGAAUAUCUUUGUGCCAAAUGUUAUGCCUCAGACAUCCACAAAGGACAUGAUUUCAUUGUCCUUGAAGAUGCAUUUAAUACAAAGGAAUUCGACUUUAAAAAAGACAUUAAUGAAAUAGAAACCAUUUUUAUUCCUACGUAUGUAGAAAUUAGACACGACUUAGAAAACAAAAUUGUCAAACUGGAUGGAGAAUAUAUGAAACUUAUGGCGGCUGUUACAAAACACGGAGAAGAAUGGCACAGAGAAAUCGACAGUGCUAUCAGUAAUCUGAAGAAUGAAAUAAACAAGAUGAAAGCGAAACACCGAAAAAUUUUAGUAGAGCAUUUAGAUGAAAUUAAACAAUUGGAAUCAUUAGUUCGAGAAAACCUAUCUACCUUAACAUACCUUGGGGAAUUAAAAAACGUUUCUGCGACAAUAAAGUACAAAUCAAGAAAUAAAGAAUUUUGCAAAUUUCCUCCAAAGGUUCAAGUUAUAAUGCCAACAUUUUGUUAUGAUUCAGUAGACAAGGAACGAAUUUCAAAAUUAUUUGGAUUCAUCAAGCCUUUGACCACGAAACAAAAUAAGUAUGGUUACAAACUUAAAAUCCCAAUGGCUCCCUUAAGAAAAUUAUUAGAUUGUCCAGAAGUCAUCAGCACAUUUAUCACCGGAUUUAAAUACCUCCGCAGUAUAUCUGCUUACAGCGAACAAGAAAUAUGGACAAGUGUUGAAGUCAAUGAAAUAAAAUGCUUUGAUAGUAGAGGCAAAUUUAAAAAGUCAGCUGCAACGAUUUCCGGAGAAUGGCCUCGUGAUAUAGUAAUAACAGGUGGUGGAAAUUUGGUUUACUGUGACUGUAGAUCCGUAUAUAAGAUAACAUAUAAUCAAAGAAAGAAGAUAGUUGAAUUUCAGGGGUGGACUCCUAUAAACAUUGCUGAAACAUUUGCCGGUGACUAUCUUAUAGUUAUAUAUAAUGAUGAAAAAACCCAAUCCAAAAUUGUCCGAUACUCAGAAUCUGUUGAACUACAAACUAUUCAAAAUAACGAGGAGGGACAUUCUUUGUAUUCGGGUAACAGUUACAUGAAAUUUAUUGCCGAGAAUAGAAAUUUAGAUAUAUGUGUGGCUGACAGUAUAGCUGGUGCCGUUGUGGUAGUCAAUCAGGUUGGGGAGCUCCGAUUCUAUUACACAGGUCAUCCUUCAGAACCAAAGAAAGAACAGUUUCAUCCCUACGGCAUCGCAACAAACAGCCAGAGUCAGAUACUGAUAUCUGAUAGACACAACCACUGCGCCCACAUCCUAGACCAAGACGGUCAACAUUUACGUUAUAUAGAAAACGUAAACAAUCCAUGCGGUCUGUGUGUUGAUAAAUUUGACCAUUUGUUUGUUACUGACUUCCUAUACGGAAUUGUGAAGGUGAUCAAAUAUAUGAAGUAGAUGAUAAAGUUUGUCAUCGUGUUAUUGUUUAAAGAUACGAAAUUUUAGAUUUUAUUAUUUUUUUUUUUUGCUUUUAAAAUUUAUCGUGAAAAUUACCCUAUUCAUAUUCCUGUUACCCAAUAUUCUAAAAAAUAGAUCAAAAGUACAAAUAUAAAAGCACAAAAUAAUAAAAAUAUUUUCAUGUCGUAUCCAUAAGCAGCUAUUUUAUAUCUUUGUUCAUCUUCUCCAGAUAACAGAAAAAGGCAAUAAAAUGACUGUACAACACAUCUUAUCGUAAAUUUACCUGCUUACAUGAUUUAGAUGGAAUUAAAGUGAUAUGGGAAACUUCCAUGUUGUGACGUAGUGUUUAUCGAAAUAAACAAUAAAAUGAAGUGUAAUUAUAUAAGUAGUUUCUUGCCCAAUUGUGUCAUCUAACAGCGUAGCGCAGUGGGUUAGAGGGUUUCGUACGAAUCUGUAAGUCAUGAGUUAAAAUCCCGCUGGGGGUUUUAAAGUUGUUACCUCUUUGAACAUUUUUAAAAACUAUUUUUUGGUAAAAUAUUGUAAAAUUUGAAAAUUUUAAACCGUUGAAAGUAUUUCAAUUAUAAUGUAAUAAUAGUUUACAUUGAUAUUGACAGAUCCCCAUACCACCUUAAAUCAGAAGACUUUGUUAUAACCACUCAUUAAACAGCGACCGUGGCUUCAGUCAUAUUCAUCUCUGUAAUUGCUGCAUAAGAACACGUAUAGUUAAUGUUCUCUCUAGUUUAUAGCUUAUGCAGCAAUAUAUAAGUAAUACUAUCCUUGAACAUGUCGUGUUUUUUUUUAUUAUAUUAUGAGUAUGUCAUAGCAGAAUGUCAUACAUCAAAAACAAAAGAACUUCAUAUUGAAAAUGUCCAACCUUUUUUUAAAAAUUGUUUUUAUUUUUACCUUUAUUGGCGAUUACUACAUUCUUGGAAAAAGUGUAACUUAAGGUUGUAUGGAACAUCUCCAUGUUGUGACGUACUAUAACUCGAAAUAAACACUAAAAUAAA